AUGGAUUCAAAGGGGCGAAGUGGGAAAGGCAAUUUGCUUGGGCGGGGAAAUGUUGUGCUCGGCGGGGCCGGCACGAAUGGCAAUCAGCACCUCUACGGGCGCCGCCAUGUUAGUGGUGUGGGCGGCGUAUUGACGAAUGCCUUUGUUGCGUCUCCAGCUUCACUGUACAACACCCCCCAACCCGUUGACCCGUUUUGUCAACAUCUCUCUGAUCCCUUCCCUUCCACCCCGUACACACCUGUGGGGCAUUUAUACAUGUCAGCCGCUGUGCGGAACGCAAGACCGAAUGCCCCGUUGUUGAUGCACUCUGCCAUACCCAAUAUCACUCCCGUAACAAGCUCGAAGUUUGCCCACUACAUCACAAUCUACAACAUGGAGAAUGCGCCGGCGCCAAGUCUAAUGAAUUCCAAGCUAACGACGCAAAUGUAUCAAACAACAGCUCGCUACACAGGCAAAUAUAUUGCCUUGCGUCGUCUUGUGAUGACCUCUGCAACCGCAGAGGAGUGCAUUGCAGUCAAUGAACGAUUUCGUCACUACCGGCAUCCCAAUCUAGUCCCACUAACAGGCAUUAUUCUUACAGAUGAGUUUGUUAUGGGUAGCAAUGACGCCAUUAUGGAAUAUAAAUUUAUUUCCGGAGCAAAAAGCCUUCAUGAAGAGUUUUUUCUUAAGGGGCGGGCAACGGAGGGUCUUUUGUGGUCCUUUGCAUGUCAGAUGGUUGGUCUUCUGCGUGCGUUUCACGAAACUUCCGUUCCAUUGCGUGGACUCCACUGGUCCAAGAUCUUGUACGUUUCUGUGACGGGGAGGUUUUACUUCAGUGGAAUAGGGCUUGUUGACUUGGUGGAGGCGCGGAGCACCAACGCUAGCACAACGGUAAUGAUGAAGCAAGACAUUCAAGCACUUGGGAUUAUGCUACUGCAGUUAUCUACGCGUAAUCUGGCAGCACGGCUAGAUGACAUUUCGAAUCAACCCAUGUCUGGGUUUUCAAAAACGUUUUGGACACUUGUGAAGGCAUGCCUGGAAGGGGUGCCAGACAUUCGAGACCUGUGUUGUGCCUUGGGAGAACGCAUGUCGAUGGAGGUGGCACAUCAAGAAGGGCACGCAGACUAUCUGGUUUCGCAGUGUGCGAAGGAGGUUCACAAUGGUCGUCUUAUGCGACUGAUGGUUAAACUCAAUUUUGUACUAGAGUCCUUACAUGAGGUUCCCGAAAACAGCACAGAGGCACAUAAUCGUUACGCUCUGCGACUCUUCAGUCAGUACGUUUUUAAUCAAGUUGACGAGCAUCAUCGUGUUCGUGUAGACUGGGGCCACGUAUUUCACUCCUUAAACAAAUUGGAUUGUGGAUCUGAGGAGUUGGUACAGCUUAUCGGCAAUGAUGACGGGAACACAAUCUUAGUUAUUUCUUACCGUGACCUGAGGGCUUCACUUGAAAGCGCCUUUGAGCAGCUGCAGCUGUCAGCGAAUGAUGCCGAUAUUCAGACGUUUUCUGUGACUGUCGGGGCCACGCCGGUUACCCUCCAGUAA